UCAAUUGUCGGUUGUUUCUUGCGCGGGUUACAUCUAUGCGCAAUUUUUAAUCCAGUAACCGGUAAAUAAGUGUUUUGAUAUGCGAAGACUAUUGCAAAAGUGACAUAUACUGUUUAUAGUCAUUGUGAUAUAAUAAACUUUGCAGUUAAUUAUGGAUUUAAAGUGAAAAUAACCAUAAACCUCUUUUGUGCAGUGAGAUAUCAGUGACUGGCCGGUAUUGUUUACUAUAACGCGUAAGCGACAAGCUCCGCACGGCGCUUAAGCUCUUUUGGACGGGAAGUCUUGUUGGUUUAGUUAACGUUAGCUGUUGAUGUUAUUUACACUGUUUUACGUGCCUACUGUUUUAAAUAAUCUACCUCUCGUUUAAAUAAAUACAAAAUACUAUUAUACUAUGGAUUGCAAAACAUGUUACGUUGUUGUAAAUGAGGAGGACUUAAUUAAUUGCUCUGCAUGUCGUGGCUCAUACCAUUACGCAUGCAUAGGAUUAAAAGAACUAGACUUUAAGAAAAUGUUACCUAUGAAUAAAAUUAAAUGGAAGUGUCCAUCGUGUAAAUCCGGUAAAAAAAAGGAUAAUAAAAACAGCCCCAACACACCUCGUCUGGAAUGCAGCUCAUCGCAAUCGCAAUCUAUGAUAAACAUUGAUGCAAAUGCCCUUAUGGAACAUUUUGACGGUAGGUUUAGUGCGUUGCAAUCUGCCAUCGACUCCCUGAAAUCCGACGUUAACGACAAGUUAACAGGACUAUCAGCUACUGUUAAUUCAUGGGAGACUAAAAUGAAUGGUUUUGCAUCAUUAAUUGCUUUGAUAAAUGAACAGAUUUCCGAUCUUAAAGAGGAAAAUGAUAAAUUGAAGCAAGAUCUCGACCAUAUCCGAUCAAAAGUGAGGGAUAUUUCUGACUGCAUUGAUCGCAAUGACCAAUGGGUUCGCCGUUCAAACAUACAAAUAAAUGGGGUUCCUGAGAAAAAGGGUGAAAACCUUUUAAGCUUAGUGAAGUCCCUAGCGCAAAAAUGUAAUUUUAUAAUUAAUAUAGAUAGUGAUGUUGAUUUCGUAACUCGUGUGGCGGUUAAGAAUGAUGCGGACAAUAAAACACCGAAGCCGAUUAUUUUGAAAAUGCAUUCGAGAUACAAAAAGGAUGAUUUUCUAUCAUUGUUACGUAAAUUGAAGAACUGUACCGCUAGCGAUAUUGGUAUUACUGGGUCACAGAGUGGCUAUAAGAUAUUUUUCAACGACCAUCUUUCGGCAAAAAAUAAGCAUCUUCUCAAACAAGCGAAGCGAUUGGCGAAGGAGAAAGGCUACGUCUACUGCUGGGUUCGUAACUGUUCGAUCAUGGUGCGCCGCAGUGAUCAAUCGCCAAUUAUACACAUCACGUCUGAACGCUCUUUAAACAAAAUUGUAUAAGUGCUAUGGUUGUGUCAUACUUUUCUUACUGCUUAUUGUUUUUGACUAUAAAUGUAAUUGAUUUAUUUUUUAAAUUAAGUAUUGUGUUCACUGGUUAUCAACUUGCUUUUUAUAAAACUACCACUGUAAUAUUGUUGCAAACUCAAAUAUUUUAUUUUAAUGUUGUAAGAUUUUAUCAAAUUGCAUUGGAGCCGGCUAUAGACUUACACUUUGGGUUGUUUCUACUUUAUUUGAACGUUCUAUACUUAAGAAACUAUUUAGUUAAACUUAACAUUUUCAGUGUCAAUUAACAUAUUCUAUCAAAAUGCAAGAGGUCUGCGGACGAAAGUUAAACAAUUUUAUAGUAAUAUUCUAAACUCAGAUUAUGAUAUUAUAUGCAUAAGCGAAACUUGGUUGUUACCAGGAAUCUAUGAUGCUGAGUUGUUUGACUCUCGGUAUAACGUGUACCGUAACGAUCGUGACUAUGAUAAUUUAACUAUUAAAAAAGGUGGUGGUACCAUGAUUGCUGUUCGCCGAGGGAUAACUGUGAGUAUGCAGGGACUACGCAAAUUACCUUUUUUGUAUGAUGCUGACGUAACAUGUGUUAAUAUUUUAUUGAAUCGGGCACCGAUGACAUCAUUGCUGAGACUAUUUUGUUGCUACUUCCCCCAAAAUGAUUAUCAAGCGGCAGCGGAAUUAUCGUUUUAUGAAUAUUUAUCUGAUCUUAAAAUUGACUAUCCUAAUGAUAAGUUUUUAUUGGUAGGAGAUUUUAACAUAAGGGUUGCUAGAUGGAUCCCAAAUCCACAUUCUUCAGGUAGUAAUUUGUAUCUUGAUAAUCCAUAUGAUAACAUAUUGACAUCUCAACUGUUUGCGUUUUUAUGCUUUAAUGACUGGUCACAAUAUAAUCAUGUUAACAAUAUGAACGACAGACAGUUGGAUUUGGUGAUUUCCGAUUUGAAGUGUAUUGUACAAAGAGUCAUGCCGUUGUCAUCGCCGGAAGAUGGCCACCAUCCCUCUUUAUGUAUUGACUUAAGUAUUGAUUAUACUCCAAGUCUGUGUCCAGCCAACCGGAUAGUACGACGUAUUUCAUACCGCGGAUUAUAAUAAAAUUAACCAAGAACUAUCAAAUCUUGUUUGGGAAGACCAUUUAAAUCUAAACGAUAUUGAUACUGCUGUUGAUAACUUUUAUAAAAUUGUGCGUGAUGUGAUAAAUAGGUUUGUCCCACUUAAAGUCGUUAAAAAUAAUAAUAAAUAUCCAGUCUGGUUUAAUAAGCGUCUAAUUAAACUCAUAAAUAGAAAACUUAAACUUCAUAAAAAAUGGAAAAUUUAUGGUAGACAGUGUGAUUAUGACAACUUUUCAAAUACACGGCGUGAUAUUAAAAAAUAUGAAGUUUUGUGCUAUGAACGAUUUAUUAAUCACGCUGAGAGAAAUAUUCAAGUUGACCCAAAAUACUUUUGGUCGUUCGUUAAAUCAAAGCAAAAAAGCUGUGAUAUACCUGAUACUCUAUACUUUGGUGAUAUAUAUGCAUCAGAUGGUCAGACAAUUGUUGAUCUAUUUAACUCAUUCUUUCAUUCUGUAUUUGAGCCACCUGGCAAGAAUGUUAUGAACUGUUAUACGGAAAAUAAUAAUUAUAUAAUUAAUUCUGUUUACAUUGAUAACGUUAAAGUCGAAAAAUAUUUGAAGAAUCUCGACAUCAAUAAAGGUACUGGCCCAGAUGGUAUUCAUCCAAUCUUCCUCAGACAAUGCAGUAAGCAUUUAGCAGCUCCUCUUUCAUUACUCUUUAAUAUUUCUUUGAGGCAAGGUGUGAUGCCCUUGCUUUGGAAACAAUCCAUUGUUGUUCCCAUAUUUAACAGCGGAGACAAACACAAUAUAGCUAACUACCGUGGUAUCUCCAAACUAUCUGUUAUACCCAAGCUAUUUGAAAAAAUUAUAUACGACUCUUUAUUUCCUGUAAUUAAACCGCAAAUAGUUUCAAGUCAGCACGGUUUCAUCCCUGGUAGAUCCACAGAAACUAACUUAUGCGAGUUUCAGGAUGAAACAUUGGAGGCCAUGGAAAGAGGCUAUCAGGUUGACGCCGUGUAUACCGAUUUUUCAAAAGCGUUCGAUAAAAUUUCCCACAAUCUAAUGAUUGCUAAACUUGUAAACGUCGGUAUACACGGCGAUCUCUUGAGAUGGCUAACCUCAUAUCUGCGUGAUAGGUCUCAGGCAGUAGCUGUGAAGGGCUAUACCUCGAGCUUUGUUCCGAUCACUUCUGGUGUGCCUCAGGGUUCUCAUCUCGGUCCUCUUCUUUUUAAUAUAUUUAUAAAUGGUGUCAUGCGUAGCAUUCAACAUUCAAAAGCAUUACUAUACGCUGAUGAUACUAAAAUAUUUACCUUCGUUAAGAAUUUAGAACAUGCUUUACUAUUUCAAAAAGAUUUAAACAAUUUUUAUGAAUAUUGUUCGGCUAAUAAUCUAAAAUUAAAUAUUGAUAAAUGUUAUACUAUAUCUUAUUCCCGAAAAAAACGACCGAUUGUUUACAAUUAUAAAUUAAAUAACAUUUUGAUUAAAAGAGUGACCGAGGUGAGGGACCUGGGGGUAUAUCUAGAUAGUAAACUAGACUUUGCGUCUCAUAUUGACAAGGCUACUGCCAAGGCUUAUAGAAUGUUAGGUUUUGUCUUCCGACAAUGCAAGGACUUCAAAAACAUAAACACUUAUAUUAUGCUGUAUAAUUCUUUAGUAAGAAGUCAUCUUGAAUACGCAUCUACGGUGUGGAACCCUAUUUACGCUACUUAUGUGGAACAAGUAGAAAGGAUUCAAAAUAAGUUUCUGAAAAGACUUAAUUACAAAUUUAAGGAUCAUUCUGCGCUUCAUCAUUCAUUAGAAUUACGACGUGAACAUAGAGAUCAGGUGUUUCUGUUUAAACUUUUACAUAACUAUAUAGAUUCCCCCUUCCUUCUAAGUCGUAUUACAUUUAGAUGCCCUAGGUUGAGUGCUCGCUCCAAUGCAGUUUUCUCUACUCCUUUUUGCAGAACUAAGUAUUCGAAAAACCGGUUUCUGGUUCGCGCUUGCAAUACACAUAAUGAGCGUUAUAACCAUAUUGACAUAUUUAACUGCAAAUUAAAUAGUUAUGUUACAUCUAUUAGACAAGUUGAUCACGCUUAGGUAGUGUUUGUACUUCUUGUCCUCUAUCUGAAUAUAAAAUUACCUUUACUAACAUUGGUAUUAUGUAUGCAGUAAUUAUAUUUUUCUCUUUGGCAAAACAGAAAUAUGUACUUCAUUUAAUUAUGUUUAAAGUUUUCGCAAUGUAAAUCUUAACGUUGGAAACUGUUUUUGGCUAAUGUAUUGUUAACAUUCAUCUUAAAUUCAAAUGUGAUAUAAAAGCUGUAAGUUUAUUUUAAUAAAUAAAUAAAAAAAAA